AUGGCACCUUCAGCGAUAAUAGACCCCCCUGCAUCGACGACGCCGCGAUACGUUGACGGAGCCUUGAUCACAGACGUCGAGAAGCACGGCGACAAUCCCGUCGUCAUCCGCUUGACCGAUGAGGAGCUCCAGUCGGGGAAGACCAGACCAGAAACGCUGCAAGAGUGUCUGAAGUACUUCCACCGAGACGGCUUCGUGGUUCUGGAAAACGCCAUCCCCGACGAGCUCGUCGACCGCCUGUACAACCGCAUGGUGCAGGACAAUGUCGAGUUCCUCCAGAAGAAACACAUGCACUGGAACCAAGGCGCCGGCACGGGGAAUGUCAGCCAGAUCCCACCGCUGGAACCAGAGUAUCUGGACCGCGACUUCUACGCGAAUCCUCACAUGAUCCGGGUGGUGGAGAAUCUGCUGGGACCGAAGCCCGAGCUGCGGUUCAUCAACAGCAACGUCGCGUGUCCCGGAGGGACUGCGCGUCAGGCCGUGCACAGCGACGUUGCCCACGCCUGGCCGGAGAUCCCGUUCGGGCUCGUCAUGAACAUCUACCUGCAAGACUCGGACGAGAAGAACGGGGUGACGGAGGUGUGGUGCGGCACGCACAACGCCUACCCGCAGAAAGAACAGCAGGCGUUCCCCGAACGAGGCUGGAUCAAGAAGGCAUACAUCCAGGAGCGGGCCAAGGUCAAGCCGCCCGUGCAGCCCAAGGUGCGCAAGGGGAGCAUCUGCUUCCGCGACCUGCGGCUCUGGCACGCCGGGAUGCCCAACCGGAGCGACAAGCACCGCACCAUGCUCGCCAUCGACUACUUUGCGGCGUGGUACCAGUGCCCCAUGACCACCAAGCUGCCACGGGCCAUGAAGGACAAUAUCGAGCGCGAGUGGGAGGGCAUCUCGACCGCCGGGGUCGAAUGGGUCGACGGCGACCUCAACAGCCUGGACGUGCCUUUCUUCCUCAACAUGACUCAGGAUCCCAACCUGUACCUGCUGCAGACCGAGAAGGGCUUCCAGGACCUCAAGGGCAGGCAGACGGGGGAGUACAAGUUUGAUACGGCAAAGGUCACGGAUCAGAACUACUGGACGCCAGAGUAA